CUUUACAGUAGUAGGGAGUGUUGUUUGGCGGAUUCCUUCAAGUUUUACAUUACUUUAUGUCUGAAUUUUGUAAAAUUAAGAAAGCGCCAAUUGUUCGUUUCCAUAACUAGUCAGCUAGCUAAUUAUUUUAUCUAUCGAUAUAGGUACAGAAGAGGGUUUAGGGUGUGGUACACAGCUAAGUUAGCCGCAGUAGGAAGGCAUCUUCAGCGAGCGGAGUGUCCGAAUCUGAGAGUUUAUAAUGCCGACGUUGCGGGACAGCAGCAUGUCUCACCCCGGCGAGAACCCGUACCAAGUCCGGGUAAAAGCUUACUACAAAGGGGACAUCAUGAUCACCCACUUUGAGCCGUCCAUCUCCUACGAGGAGCUGUACGGAGAGGUCAAAGACAUGUGCUGCAUGGACAACGACCAGCUCUUCACCAUGAAGUGGAUCGACGAAGAAGGUGACCCGUGUACAGUAUCGUCUCAGCUGGAGCUGGUGGAAGCCCUGAGGCUCUACGAAGUAAACAAAGACUCUGAACUCAUCAUCCACGUGUUUCCAUGUAUCCCAGAGAAGCCUGGCAUGCCCUGUCCAGGAGAGGACAAGUCUAUAUAUCGUCGUGGGGCGCGGCGCUGGAGGAAACUCUACUACGCUAGUGGUCAUGUCUUCCAGCCCAAACGGUUCAACAGGAGAGCUCACUGUGCCAUCUGCACAGACCGUAUUUGGGGUCUGGGGAGACAGGGCUACAAAUGCAUCAACUGCAAACUGCUGGUCCACAAGAAGUGUCACAAACUGGUCAGCGUGGAGUGUGGUAAACAGAUCCAGGAGCCCAUCAUGGGGCCUGAUAGGGGGGCCUCCAUCACGCCAUUAGACCACUCUGAACAGCCAGGUCCUCAGAACAAAUACUCCAGUGAGAGUCUGAACUCCGAUGGAGAAGAGAAAGAGGCACGCUGCAGCAGAGACACAGGGAAGUCAGCUUCCAGUCUGGGUCUGGUGGACUUUGAUCUGCUGAGCGUGAUUGGCCGGGGCAGCUAUGCCAAGGUCCUGCUGGUCCGACUCAAGAAGACAGAGAGGAUUUACGCCAUGAAGGUGGUUAAGAAGGAGCUGGUCAACGACGACGAGGACAUUGACUGGGUCCAGACAGAGAAGCACGUGUUUGAGCAGGCGUCCAACCACCCCUUCCUAGUGGGGCUUCACUCCUGUUUCCAGACUGAGAGCAGACUGUUCUUUAUCAUAGAGUAUGUGAACGGAGGAGAUCUGAUGUUCCACAUGCAGAGACAGAGGAAAAUACCUGAGGAACACGCCAGGUUUUACUCAGCAGAGAUCAGCUUGGCGUUGAACUACCUCCAUGAGAGAGGCAUCAUCUACAGAGACCUCAAACUGGACAACGUGCUGCUGGAGUCUGAGGGACACAUCAAACUCACUGACUACGGCAUGUGCAAGGAGGGCUUGAGGCCAGGGGACACCACCAGUACGUUCUGUGGGACCCCCAACUACAUCGCCCCUGAGAUACUGAGAGGAGAGGACUAUGGUUUCAGCGUGGACUGGUGGGCUCUGGGGGUGCUGAUGUUUGAGAUGAUGGCUGGACGGUCGCCCUUCGACAUUGUAGGAAGCACCGACAACCCAGACCAGAACACAGAAGACUACCUAUUCCAAGUAAUAUUGGAAAAACAGAUCAGGAUUCCUCGAUCGUUGUCAGUCAAAGCUGCCAGCGUCCUCAAGGGCUUCCUCAACAAGGAACCUAAGGAGCGGCUAGGAUGUCACCCCCAGACGGGCUUCGCUGACAUCAUGGGUCACCCCUUCUUCCGAAACGUAGACUGGGACCUUAUGGAACAAAAGCAGGUGGCUCCUCCAUUCAAACCCAACAUCUCAGGAGAGUUUGGACUGGACAGCUUCGACACCCAGUUUACCAACGAGCCCAUCCAGCUCACGCCUGAUGACGAUGACGCGGUGAAGAAGAUCGACCAGUCGGAGUUUGAAGGGUUCGAGUACAUCAACCCUCUCCUGAUGUCGGCCGAGGAGUGUGUGUGAACUAGGUGUGUGUGGGAGCGGACGCAGCACGCCACCUCGUGUCCUCGACGACGUCACUAGUUAGCUCUGCAUGGUUACCAGACAACACGGCGAUGACAUCAUCAAAGAGCGUCCUGCUGUUGGAUAGAGGCGGAGAGCCGCCGGGGCUCUCAGACAAGAGACACUAACUUGCCAAACCAAUCUCACAUAGUGUGUAUGUGUCACAAAUGGCACCUUAUACUCUACGUGUAGUGCACUAGGGAAUGGGGUGCCAUUUUGGAUGAACGUCACUGUCCUCUUUUUUUUAACCACUAGUCUUUAAAACCUACGUUCUCUCUUAAUUAUUUUUGUAUCAUGUAUCAAAUCCGCACUGAUUUCCUCAUUGGUCAUCAGAGUGCAGGCUCUCAGUAGCCAAUGAGGCUUGGAGGUGGUUGGUUACCUAGGUUACUGGACACAAAGGGGGGGUGGGGGGAGAGGGACACAGACGUCCACAGAGAACAAACUAACCCUCCUCUCUUCUUCCCAGCUUGGUGGUUAAUGCAUACUUUAUUUGUAAAUAAUAAGAAUGAUGUUUAGCCAAGGCCUUUUAACCCCAAGCCAGAUCACCAGGGAACAAUAGUUGAAAACUGUUUCAUGUUCACUACAUGUAUCAUGAUGAGCGUUGCAGCACCAUGUUUGUAGAGGACAGAAGAAGAAGAACAAGAGGACAACAGCAUUAAAAAAAAAAAAAAAAACACCAAUCUAUAUAUUUUUCUCAUUUUAUUUAAUGAAAUGGCAGUCUGUACGCUGGUCAAUGUCCCAAAGUGUUACGCCGUCGUCAAGCCUGUUCUACCGUCAUAACCACAGGUUGGCUCACUAUUGUUUACGUUUACAGUAGUCUUCGUGGCAACUUCCAGGACAGAGACGGUUCCAGGUUAAAGCGAUUGCCAUCUCAGCAGCCAACCAACACUAACUAACGUAGUUACUGACAAAAGGCAAAUCUCAAAUGGCAUCCUAUACUAUAUAAAGUGCGCAACAAAAGUACUCUACAAUAACACUGCAAGAUUAAGAGUUAGGGGGUUGUUAUGGAUACAAACACACUGUGAAUGGAAGAGUUUACUGUGAGGAGAGGAUUUGGAUACGAGUGGGCUGGACCACUAGCUGAGUUAGGGCAUAGUGUGCCAUUUGGGAUGCAUACCCAAUCUAGUGCACUACUUUUGGUCAUAGCCCUAUGGGCCCUGGUCAAUGGGCCAUUUUUAUUUUUUACCUUU